AUGACUCUGGAUGCUUCAAACCAAAAGCGCAUUAAAGAAGCGUUGGAAUGUGUUAAAAGAGCUGAGGAACACCUGAAGACUUCCAUUAUUAAACUGAAGCUGGAACCAAAUUAUGACGGGGCUGCGGUGGAAUAUGAACGAGCGGCAGUUUGUUACAGAAACGCUAGCGAUUUUCGUUCCUCUUCUCAGUGUUAUCUGAAAGCGGCAGAAAUGCAUUUUUCACAUGGAAAUGUCUUUCAUUCCGCAAAGAAUCUCGAAAAUGCAGUGUCACUAUUCAAAGAGUUAGGAGAUAAUGAAAGUGCUGCAAAGUACAUGGAGAUUGCUGUAGAAAGAUAUACUGAGGCCGGAACAUUGGACACAGCUGCUAUGGCUCUUGACAAGGCUGCUAAGCUGUUUGAAACAUCCGACCCUGAGAAGGCUAUUAAUUUUUACAAAAAAGCUAUUGAAAUGGUCGUGCAAAGUGAUCACGCGCGAAUGGUGGACGAUUUUUUAACGAGACUCACUCGAUUACAUUUGUCUUUGCAGCACUAUAAGGAGGCAGCAGAAACUAUUGGUACUGCUAUGGAUAAUUAUAUGGCUUUAAAGACUGUAAAUUAUCCGUUUAGGUGCAAUGAAUUUACUCAGUCAGAAUAUGCUCGGUGUUGUCAUGCUGUAAUUCUUUCCUACGAAUCAGGAGAUAGUGAGGUUUUUCACCAAGCUUUGCAGGCCCCUGGAUUAAAAAGCUUAGAUAACGAAGUAGGGAUUUGUGAUAUGAUUUGUAUCAAGCUUUAUCUAAGAAUUAUAAAGAAGCUGAUGACUGUAAAAUUAGAGGGCGAUUUUGACCAUCUUGCCAAAAAAACGAGAAAUGGUGAUCAUGCGGACGAUGCUGACGAAGAAGGAGAGAUGGAUGAUUUGAAAUGA